CUCCUGCCCGUUGACAGCUGGGAUAGGCUCCAGCACUCCCUUCGAGGCUCGUGAGAAUCAGCGGCAGAGAAAAUGGAUGGAUGGAUGGUAACAUUGACAGUGCAAAGGCUGCGGUUUGGCGAUCUUCAAGUUGUUCUGCUAUCAGAAGUGGUGCGAUUUUAAGUUUAAAAAUAAGACGAACGUCGAAGCUCUGUGUUUACUGGAUGAAUGAUACUAUCUUAAAGAUUCUGAUGUAGUGGUACACUCAUUUGACCACAUCCCUACAACAAAACAGACACGAGGAGCCAAGUAUUGAAGUACAAUAGUAGGUAGGCUGUCUAUGCCUUGUAAAAGAGCCCAUAUGUCUUACUUUGAAAAUCCAAAGCGGAAAUGCUUGUGACCCUGGGACGCUUAAUGGGCAGCUUCCGUGCUUACACCAAUGGGUGAAGUGUUACUCUACGCGACUUUUCGCGUAGCGGGGAAUGAAUAAAUACUUCAUGUUCCAACUCGGUAAAAAGGUUCUGCUUUCGCGUGAACUUCGCUGGUCUGUUGAUGUGGUUUUGACCCGGCUGGCGUCUCGGAGCGUCCUGCUAAUCUGUUAGCAGCUACGUACAGCUAGCAAAACAAUUCAGGAAAACCCAGGACAGGUGAUUACAAAUCCCGUCAGCCAUGGCGGGCGGAAUCACAGACACGGGGGAGCCUUACUCUGCUUUUGUGGGUCUGGUGUACAUGUUCAACCUAAUUGUGGGAACAGGAGCACUCACCAUGCCCAGAGCCUUCGCCACAGCGGGGUGGGUGGUCAGCUUAAUGCUCAUCUCCUUCCUGGCAUUCAUGAGUUAUAUGACUACGACCUUCGUGAUCGAGGCGAUGGCGGCAGCCAAUGCUCAGCUGAGAUGGAAGAGGAGGGAGCAAGAUGAGAUCAACGACAACGACUCCACUUCAGACUACUCUGAUGAUGACAACAUAGCGAGGGGGCAUGCCGAACCGGAGACCAAGCCAAUCUUGUCAGUCCAGCGUUCAGUAGGUCCUGUGGAUCACUUUGACAUUGCCGAGCGUGUGGAGAUGGGUCAGAUGGCGUCCAUGUUCUUCAACAAAGUGGGUGUCAACAUGUUCUACAUCUGCAUCAUUGUGUACUUGUACGGAGACCUAGCCAUCUACGCCGCAGCUGUGCCAAUAUCCCUGAUGGAGGUGGCCUGUGGAAACCAUUCAUGCAGCACAGGAGCUGUGAAGUACAAUGACACGGAUGCAUGCUGGGGGUCGGUGACCAGGAAAGAUGCCUACAGAGUUUUUCUGAGUGUCUUUACUGUUCUGUUGGGGCCGUUUACCUUCUUUAAUGCCCAGAAGACCAAAUACCUUCAAAUUCUCACUUCACUUAUGCGAUGGAUUGCAUUCACCAUGAUGAUCAUCCUGGCACUCCUCCGCAUUGGCGCAGGCGCAGGCGAGGGCCGCCCAUCCGCUGCCUCCCUGGCCGGCGUGCCCAACUUAUUUGGAGUGUGCGUUUACUCAUUCAUGUGCCAGCACUCACUGCCCUCACUAGUGACGCCCAUCUCGGACAAAAAGCGUGUGGGCUUGCUGGUUCUGGCUGACUACGUUCUCAUCCUUGGGUUCUAUGCACUCCUGUCCUUCACCGCCAUCUUCUGCUUUGACAGUGGGCUCAUCCAUGAUAUGUACACACUCAACUUUACAGACAAUUGCCAUGUUCUGGAUGUGGCUGUCCUGCGCUACUUCCUGGGCCUGUUCCCUGUCUUCACUAUCAGCACCAACUUCCCCAUCAUUGCAGUCACUUUGCGCAAUAACUGGAAAACUCUAUUCCACCGGGAUGGCGGUACCUACCCAUGGGUGGUGGACCGGGUGGUCUUUCCGCUUAUUACCCUGGUGCCGCCCAUCGUGGUGGCCUUCUGCACGCACAAUCUGGAGUCGCUGGUGGGCAUCACGGGCGCUUAUGCCGGCACGGGCAUCCAGUACGUGGUUCCUGCCAUGCUUGUCUAUCACGCCCGGCGCCAUGUGGAGCCGGUGACUGGUCGCCAUGCUGUCAACCCGCACGGUUCGCCCUUCCGCCAUACGGCCUGGGUGUGGUUCGUGGUGCUGUGGGCCACCUUCUGUCUCAUGUUUGUCACCGCCAACAUCAUCCUGACCGACGUCAAGAAGUGACACAUUCACUUUGUGCCUUUUUUUUCUGGGUUACAGAAUUCUAGCUAAUUUAUCAAGAAAGGACCAAACAUUCAAUGCCUAUUUUACCACUUCAUUUGGGUCAAGGGUGAACCGAAGUUUAUCCCAGCUGACUUCGGAAAAGGAGGCAUACACCCUUGAUUGGUUGGCAGCCAAUAAUAUUGCACAAUUCAAUGUGGACAUAAUAGAGAUGUGUGCAGAAAAUGCUAAUUAGUGUCCAUUUAUGGAAAAAUAUAAGGAGCCCCAAAAAUCUCUUUAAAUUAUUUUACACGAUAUGUCCAAAGAUGUUCAUUUGUGGCCAAAAGAAACUAAAUUGUAGACAUGAAAUCAUAAAACUGGAGCACAUUAAAGUAAUUUGUGGUUACAAUAUACAAAUUCAUAGACCUGAAAUGCCAAUUUGUGGCCACAAAAUACGAUCAUGCCUGAGGUAUAAUGUGUGCACUUACAACUAAUCUAAUGUAAUACUUCCUGUGGCAAUCAAAUAGGUGAAUUGUCUGCACAAAAUGCUAGUUUGUGGCCACAAUUUAAGAAUUUAUAGACAAUAUAGGAGACUAUUCAUUUUUGGGCAUUAGAUAGCUAUAAUGUGUGCAUGAAUUACUCAUUUGUGACUAUGUAAUCGGUAUAAUGAAAAAAAAAGUUGAUCACUAAAUAAAAAAGACCUUUAAAUAGGUAUAAAGAAAGUACAAAUUACUGAUUUGUGACAAAGACAUACUUUAAGUAUUAUAUGAUGUAUGUAAUGCUUAUUUCUUGCACGGUGCACACAAAAUCCAAAUUGGUUGUAGCGAAAUAGGUAUACCAUCCACACAAAUAAGUACUUGCUCGCAACAUAUACUAAUGUGCAGCCACAAAAUAUAUUUUCAGAAAAUCCUAAUUUGUAGCUCCAAAAUUCAAAUGAUCCCGCUGCAAAUUCGCAUUUAAGUGUAGCAUGUCCAUUAACUACUAAUAUAUGGCCACACAGUGGGUAAAAUGUCCACACAAAAUGCACAUUUUUGCCAACAGAAUACAAAUUUGAGUGCACACAAUACUAAAUUAUGUCCACAUUAGCUAUAGAGUGCUCACAAAAUGCUAAUCCAGGACCACAAAAUACAAAAUUUUGACCAUGAAAUGGGUAUAACAUGCAUGUGUAAUACUAAUUUGUGGGUUUUAUAUCAUUCUCAUGAACAACAAUUGGGUUGGACCUUGGCUAGAAAAUGCAAAAUGCUACAUCCUCUAUUUUAAUGGCGAGAAUAAAGGUGGGCUCCAUGUUUCCACACAACUGUCUAGAAAUUAUCCUAAUAUGCAUUUGCGUUUCAUCUGUAUGUUAUUCCUAUAUCUGGGCCACAAAUUAGCAUUUUGUGCUUAUGUUGCAUCUGUAUUGUAGCCAUCCUUUUUGUCUCCCAGUCACAUCAUGUCUGGGACUCCGUACAAACAAGCAUCCACACUGACAUUCACAGCAAAGGACAAUUCUUUCGUUUACUUAAGAAAUAUCUUUUGGGAUCGCUGGAGGAAUGCAGAGUACUUGGAGAGAAUGCACACAAGCUAGGGGAAAACAUGCAAAGAGGUAGAUGUCCGAACCAUUCACGCACCGUUUUGCCAAAAGGACCAAAUAUGAAUAACUUUGUUUUGACCAUUUAAAAGUAUAUAAAAUGUAAAAUGCCCUGUGUGUUGAGCGGCAUCUUCACUUUUUUUUUUUUUUUUUUUUUUUUUCCCAAAAACUGAUAUGUGACUGGCCAGAUAUGUUUCAACUUAUCUGGUUAUAGUGUAUGUGUGUAGGGAGGAGUUGUGGUAAAGAACAACCCCAGAGUGUCAUAUUUGUUUCAGUUAUAACACAUACAGUUUUUUUUUUUAAUUUCUAAAUGUUAUUAAACCAUUCCAAACUUAUUUCACUAUUAUAGGUUGUUCUAUUGUAUUAACCUACACUAGUGCUACACCAGUUAUUGCACACAUAAAAUUAUUACACUCUGGUGUUGAUCUUACUGACCAAACUCUCCGUUGAUAUCAGGGAAACCUCCCACAUUGGGCCAAAAAUGUUUGCGUUAUUAAAUAGAAUUAAACUGAAGUUGAUAGUCAAGUAUUUGUGCAAGGAUAAAAGAUGGAUGGCUGAUAUCUACCAAAUGAUUUCCACCUUUGCCAAAGAUGAUGAGGUCAUUGUUAUUGCUGACACUUGAGUGGCUAAGUUACAACUGCGCCCUCCCACUAGCUGGAAACAAACAAAAAAAAUUUACACAAUUCUGAAUUUGUUUUUUUGGAUCGGUGAGGGGGCUGAAUUAUUGACAUCACAACGCAUAUUCAUGGCGUCAUUGUAGUUUCAGGGCCGUUCCCAAUUUUUUUUUUACCCACUCCUGAAAUGUUGGGAAUGCCAACUGAUUACAAUGUGGAAAUGUACCUAAUAAUGUGGGGAGUGAGAACAUUUCAUGUUUACUGGAUAAAUGUGUUAUACAGAUGAAUGUAUUGUGCACACAAUUAUUUUGUUGUUUUUCCACUGUUAUCAGUGAAAGUCCCACAUUGGCCAGAAAUAUUUUUACGUGAUUUAAUGGGAUAUGAUGAAGUUUCCCAUUGUGUAGCAUAAAAACCCAGGUAAGAGAUGAUGUGGGGCGAGUCUACCUAGUGCCAGGGAAAUAGUUGCCAUGGCAACAGAGGUUCCUUUUGAUUGGAUCCUUGUGCUCAUCAUGUUUUAAUUGACCUGACAAUCACCCCCACCAAACAAACAUGUUUCUGUCAAGUGGUGUUUAGCAUUGUGUUGAGUUUUUGACAGUUUUUUUUUAAAUCACAAUUUGAAGUAUUCUGAAAUAAAUUGUCUUCAUUUUUAUUUUUUUAUGAACAAUUUGGGAUAGUUGAUUAUUUAAGUUAAGAAGCAAAUAAAACAAGGACAUUGAAUAAUUGUGAUGAAUUUGACCUUUUAUUGGACAAAUAAGCGAUGUAUUCUGCAGGCAUUUAGUACGUCAUUAGCCUGCAUUGAAUGAUGCACUGCGGAAACAUUUAUUUUAAUUUAAUCGCCUCAGCGC